CAACUGCAGCGCCCCAUCCAUCCAAACACGCCAAAGAUUUUCUCCUCUCCCUUGCACACCCCCUGUAGCAUCUAAAGAUCACAAACGUUAAUUAGGCCAUCACAAGGAGGCCUCUUCUACCAUUUUGCAGGAAGAGCUGCGAGAGAGAGAGGAAGAGGUCGAGAUGGCUACCGCUUACGCUCCCAUGGCGAGCCAGGUGAUGAAGAGCAGCUUGAUGCCCUCGAGGCCGAGGGGGAUGUCCGGUGCGUCGCUGACAAGGCGGACCCGCUUCACGGUGAAGGCUAUCCAACCAGAGAAGCCCACGUACCAGGUAGUGCAGCCCAUCAACGGCGACCCCUUCAUCGGCAGCCUUGAGACGCCGGUCACCUCCAGCCCCCUCAUCGCGUGGUACCUUUCCAACCUGCCGGCCUACCGCACCGCCGUGAGCCCUCUGCUCCGCGGCAUCGAGGUCGGCCUCGCGCACGGCUACCUCCUCGUCGGCCCCUUCGCUCUGACCGGCCCGCUCCGCAACACGCCGGUGCACGGCCAGGCAGGCGCCCUGGGCGCGGCCGGGCUCGUGACCAUCCUCAGCGUCUGUCUCACCAUGUACGGCGUCGCCUCGUUCAACGAGGGCGAACCGUCCACCGCGCCCACGCUGACGCUGACCGGGCGCAAGAAGGAGGCCGACAAGCUGCAAACCGCCGACGGGUGGGCCAAGUUCACCGGCGGGUUCUUCUUCGGUGGCAUCUCCGGCGUGGUCUGGGCCUACUUCCUUCUCUACGUGCUUGACCUCCCCUACUACUUCAAGUAGAGAUCCAUAUAUACCUUACUUCUCUAUGUGCAUGCGUGCAUGGGUAGGCUAUGUGGUUCUUGUUUGAGCAGUGAGCACGUGUAUAAAUGUAUUUGAUUGCAGAUGGAUCGAUGGAUGGGGUUGUAACUCGAAAGUGUUAAUUUCUUAUUUGGAUGGAGUAAAUUUACUUGGGGGACAA